CCGCGGUUCCGCUCCGGCGGCGGAAGUGACGGCGCGGAGCGGGCGCCAUGAAGCCGGCGGUGGACGAGAUGUUCCCUGAGGGAGCCGGCCCUUACGUGGACCUGGAUGAGGCAGGGGGAAGCACGGGGCUGCUGAUGGACCUGGCCGCCAACGAGAAAGCCGUGCACGCUGACUUCUUCAACGAUUUUGAAGAUCUCUUUGAUGACGAUGACAUCCAGUGAACUUUGUUGUCCAGCAGUGCUGAGAUGUGGAUUUUUCUCUAGGAUCUCCUGUGCAGUCCAUUAUUUAUUAUAUUAAUCAAAAUGGGAAUAUCACAGAGGGGGGAAAAAAACCUGUAUAAACUGCUUGGGGAAUAUUAAAGGUGAUUAAAGAUAACUAAGGAGGGAACUGUUAUUUCUAGGAAGCUGUCUGUAGUUUUUCCUGGAAAUUUUAUUUGCUGAUGUGCUUAUUGAAUAAAAUUCUGCAGAAACACGCAUCUCUCUGGCUUAUACUUUGAAAGCAGAAA